AAAGGGACUGGAAUUGCCUUUGCUUGUGGUGGAAACGCAAAGCCAUUGAUUCUUUGGCACAGCUAUGAUCGCCUUGCAUUCCCUGAUAAUCCACAGGUUGUGUUAAGAGAAGCUGACGAGGCUGUUAUGGGGUAGGGAGGCAAAAGUCGUUUGAUAUGAUUUGGGAUGCGUGCGCGCAAGGCGAGUUUCACUUGUUCCACGAGGGGCGGCGAAUGGUCUAGUGUAGAGGGAAGUCGGUGUUGUGCCAUGUGCGUUCCAGAGGGUCUCUUCCACAGUUGUCCAUAGAAUGCCGGUUCCUAGCUGCCUAACGACGUGAUGGGCGUGAGGGCAGGCUUGCGGGCGUGGUCUUUUGGACUUGGGGUCUCAAUGGAAGCCUUGACAUAAGCUGCCAACGGCAUUUUGAGUGUAGUAAUGUCAAGCAAGGAGUCCCUCUCCUCUCUCCCUCUUUCGGCAGGGUUCGGGCCAUCUGCUUCUGAAGGCCAAGGUCUACUCUCCUCAGUAUAACACCCCACCACCCAUCUCAGGGCCCCCCUGUUCUCCCCGACCCUGACUUGGCCCCUUAGAGUGCCACAGCUAAAUAUUAUUAUUGUCUGGUGUGUGGCAUAUGUCAUCCUCCUCGGAAGAGACCAAUGAGCCGUUCAUGAUAAAUAAAAGCCUGACAAAAUCAAGUGUGUCUGUAUCGUGGUUAGACCAGUCAUCAAAAUUUCCUUCCGUGUUGUCUCAUUGUUUCAGUUAUUGUUAAUGGGAACUUUUGUUCCGAGUUGCCCCCGUUGUAUUUCUUGAUCUUUGAGAAUGAAAUGAUCUUUUUCACGUCAUUAUUUUUCCUACUGUCUGAUUACUGAACCAAUCAGUCUUCAGUGAUUUUUGCUAGCCAAUGUGCCUUUUGUGAAGAUAUAUUCAAUAAAACAAAAGAAAAAUAAGAGAGGGAAAAUAAAAAAAAGGCUUUCAGAGGUGUGAAAUCGCAAUUUUUCCUUCUAUUUUCUUUCUUUCUUUUUUUGGAAGUGAAGCCUCACGGCUUGACAUGUGAACGAUACUGGAGCACAAACGUCUGGGUACUCACACAACGUCCAUCAAGAUGGACAAAUUACUGCAGAAGCUCCGCCAGAAUAUGGCGGAAUUGUCUCUUCAGGGAGAUGACUUCACUCGUCAAAUCUGGCACAUGUAUGCCACCUUCGAAGAAUUUAUAGACCACCAGCAAACGUCAGGGGAAGCCAGUCCGGCCUCCCGUCCCUCACCAGGACCGAGUAGCAACGAGGCUCCCCCGCCCCCAGCUCCCGCAGGGGGACUGGGUGCAAGCUCACCCCGGGAUGUGAUGACCAGCAGUCAUCCAGGUUCGCUCGCCUCUCAUUCCUCCAGUGCCAACUCCAAUCGUCCCGGCAUGGCUGACGUGGCACUGCCACCGGGGACCACGAUGACCUCCGUUCGCUCCUCACGCUCAAUCUCGCCCCCGACUGCCAGCGACGACAUAGCUUUGGCCUCACCCAGGAGGCGGAGGCGGCCCAGAAGGUUGCGGCGAUCAGUCGACAAUCCCCUGUUGGACACAAUCAGUGCCAUAGGAGACGCGGACAGCGACGAAGGCGAGCUCCUUCCUCCGGCACCUCCGCCCUCCGCAUCGUCAUGCUGGGGGCCGCGGCUGCACCCAGAAGCAGACGUCGUGGGUUACGCAGGCAGCAACAGCGUCGACAGUGGUUACAAGAGUGCCUGUCCCACGCCUGAAUUACCUGAUCCAGCUGCCUACCUUGAACAUCGGUUAGAGAAACGUGGCUCUUUGGCAUCCCUGGCCUCUACAGGGUCAUCCUCCGGGAGUGGCAGCGCAUCCAAGCCUCGGAUUGCCAUGGGGACUAGGGUUAUGGCAAGGGUUCCAAGGUCUCCAAGUUCUGGAGGAAGCGCUCCAUCUCCAGGUCUGUCUCGGAGGCCUGGUUCAGAUGGUUCUUACUACGAAUUAGACCAAUUAGCUGGCCUUAGAGGGGGUUUGUUAGGUUCUCCGCCCCCUCACACUACCCCUGCUGAAGUACGAAACCCUGGAUUUACGCGUUACUCACCAAGGGGGUCUCCCGCCCCGCAAAGAACGAACUCUCCCAGUGGUGCUACCCCAAGAGACACGCACGUGUCCCGGCGAGCGGCUUCACCAGCAUCACCUGAGCGACGACCUCGCAGUGCAUCUACAGGUUCCAGAUGCUCCCCUGGGACGAGAGGACGUCGCCCACCUGGUGGUCUGCGAGCAGGCUCUCCUCUGUUAGCGUCGACGGGAUCUUUACCGAGGGCCUCGUCGCCUGGAAGAAGGUCUCGCGCCCUGUCUCCCGCCACCCGAGAGGAAACGAGACCCCCAUCCACUUGGUCUAGACACUCGUCGCCAGGGAUAGUGGCGCCCUCUCGGUCUCUCCGUCGUCCCCCGUCGCCGAUUGUUGGCGUCCACGACGACACGGACCUAGCGCUGCUAGAAAGGGAGAUCGACGCCUUAUUGUACGGCGGGGCCGCGGGGCGCUGCGACCCUCUGGCACCCCCACCUCAACCAGAUUAUUAUGACCUCGACUCAGAGUUUGGCGCCUGUACUUGCCCAGCUUUCUCCAGACCCAACACCUCAGGGACGACGGGACUACAGACAGCCUGUUGCUCGGACAGUGACGGGGGAGUUGGGGGGAGCAGCGUGCCCCUCUGCCGAUCUGGAUGCGCUCCGCGGGUCCAAGCCCCCCACUGUUCCCCGGCCGUAGCACGCUGUGUCUUGGCGGUUCUGGACGACUUACACUGCACUACCUCCGCCAGACGUCGAUCCUUAGAAGGCCGGAGCCACUCCAGCGACGGGCGUGAAAUACCGAGAAGGGUCCGGACUUCACACCCCCUGCCCUUCUUCGACCCCUUCCACGAUUUGAGGCGACACGAGCCUCUUGUGGAUGACACGGCCUCUGAAUCGUCUUACGACAGCGCCUCCGACUACCAUCUGUACGAAGAAAUCUUGUAUGAGGCCGCUACGUCGUCGUCCUCGCCCUCAAAAUCAACCCAGGAAUCAUUGCCUCCCCCCCUCCCUGCCCGUCCUCCGCAUUUGUUCAGGAGUGUCAAGUCUCAACAGCAACAACAUUCCUGCCAGGAAAAUCAAGCAGUAGCAGCAGCACAACAGACCCUGAAACCGCAUCCUUUAAAGUCUAGUUGUCACCAACAGCAGCAGCAACAGCAACAACAACAACAACAACAUUUAGCAAAUUCACAACGACUACAGCCUCAAGAAGUACAAAGUUCACAACAAAAGCAAGCAGUUGGCCAUCAUGGUCAGACUCCCUCCUCCUCCUCCACCAAGCCAGCAGACACAUCACAGCAGCAACUCCCGCAGUCUCAAAAAUUACACCAACUUCAGGCGCAGCACCUUCAGGACAAACAUAAAGAACAGAUGCAACAGCAACAGUCCCAAAACCAGACAAAGCCUACACCUCCACCCAAGCCUCCUAAGCCGCCAAGAACUGCGCAUUCCCCCGGGGGAAAGUUGCAACCUCCUCCUAAGCUCCCGUCAAACUCAGUAUCCAGUAGUGCAACAGCCGCAUCUACACCUAGUGCUAAGCCACAGCUACAGUCUCAUGGACAUUCUCUCCACCAGGACAAAAAUCCACAACUACAGUCACCAAAACAAAAGCAGCUUCCCUCUGAGGCUGAGGUUGCCCUAAAGCCACAGACCAACAAGCCAAAGCAGCGCAGUAACCUCUACUCUAUCUUCAGAGACAGAGAUCACCGUCGGUGUCUGUCUGCAUCUUUACAACAAGAAUAUCAACAAGACUUCCAGCAGGAGUACCUUCCAGAGCAGCAGGUGAAGUCAGCAGUGAAAGUGGCAACAUGCGCUUCGGUGGCCAGUGCUGAUGAUGACUAUGGAUUCAAAGUGGUACCUCAUGUUGUGUGAAUUACAGGAGGGAGCUCAGACAAAAUGUUGUCAUUCAAACGCAAAUAAAGAUCACAUAAAUUUCAUAAAAAGACCGUGAAUCAAUGGUGUCUUAGAUGGCCAGUGAUUUGGUACAUAUUCAUAUUUUUUAUUUAUUAUGCUGUAGUUAGAGAGUUUUGACAUGAAAUCCUUGAAUAUAGAAGGCUAAAGCCCAGUGAAUCUUGCUGCUGCUCAAUAAAGAGAAACAAACUGAUGCUGCUCCACUGCCUAGGCAUGGAGUGAUGGAGGAUUAAGAAGUCAGGUGCCUCAUAUAUUAAAAGAGUCGUCUUAUCAUAGCUUCCCAAUAUUGAAGGUGCUUUUCUAUAUAUCGUUCUCAUGGAUUUGAAAGAAUUUUAGUCCCAUACCAGUACAAUAGUGAUUUAUCUUAGAUUAUGUAAAACCAUUAUCAACCAAAUCAGUGCUCCGCACUGUGAUUCAGUGACGAGUCUCCUUCAGUCAGUGAGUGGAGUCAGCGCCACGACUCAAAGUAAAUCUGAAUGAAAUUGAUGUUAUGUCGUAAUGUCUUUGAAGUUAGUUAGAUAUCUUCAACAGGUGCAUUCUAGUUGAUGCAUUUUUCUGAGUGAAUUAAAGACUCAAACUUCCAUCACCUGAUAGAAUGUAUCUGCUGGCGGAAAAGGACAAGACGGAAUUUACCACUGUGGACUGAUGCUAGACAGGCAACUGAAGAGAAAGUAGUAAACUCAUGGGUACCUCAAUUAGACCCUCAGGUGAUUGCUCAGGUUUGCAACUUAACUUCAAAGUGGGUUGAUUUUUAUGUAAAUACUAAUCUAGUGGUUCAGAAAAAUAGAAAAAAACAUGAUAUGCCUGAGACUACUUGAUGAGUUACCCGAUGUUCGUGCUCUGAUCUCGUUCAAUUCCUGUUAACCAACAAUUCCUGUCUUGGACGAGACAUUUGAAGCAAGUGUGGUCUGUUCUGUUUACGCGGCUGUACUCGUACUAAACUAAGCCUCUGAAGAUCGUACAAAAGACUUGAUUGACUGAUCGAUUCAGUGAAGGAUUUUCCGUAAACUGACGUCACAGCCCGCAACAAACAAAAGACAUAAGUUGAACUUCAAGGUGCGGCACUGUGAGUGAACUUCGCGCAGCCGUUUUGUGAGGUGUCUUCGAUCUCAAAUGAUGGAAUUUUGCUGUGAAACUUGAGCGAUUUGAGCGGACAAAUACUGAGGAAUGCACGAGAAGUCUUUUCUAAAUGGUGCAUGACAUACUUUGCUUAAAGUACAUGACUAAUUCCUCCACAAUUUCUAUUAUAAUUUGCUAUGUUGUGUAGUACGUUUGUUUUUCGCUUCACCAAGGUACAGUUUUUGAAACAAAUGUGACAUUCAGAUUUGAAACGAUUGAGUGUGUAUAUACGUAUAUUGUAUAUUUGAUAUAAGGAUGAUCUGUUCAGAGAUUCAGAAGUAUUCUUCCAAUUCUUAGGUUUCCCUUUGACCAGAAUGCGCGCUGAUUACCUGUCAUAAGAUUAUCAUUUAAUCCACUGAAUUGAAUCGAUGCAAUAUCUGUUCUCGUUCACGUGAUAUCAGCGGAAUAUUUACACGUUAAAACUAUUUGCAUAAACACUUUGGUCAAAGUUAUUUGCACAGAUUUUGUUUGUAAACUUCCAGAGAUUUUAAUGUUGUGAAAUUAUGAUUGACAUUAACUGAUUCAUUAGGUGAUGCAAUGUGUUCUUUUUUUACUUUUCUAUGUAAGAGAUAAAACGAUUCCAAUCAAAAACAAGAAAAAAAAACAAAGGUAACAGAUCUCUUUAAUUUAUAGUGAUAAAUUAUUUAGUCUGUAUUUUUCUAUUAUCUAUGUGUGAUUCAGUAGCAAUCUAUGGUUUACUGAAUUACCUUUGUGUUAGAACCCUUGCAGCAAUAAAUCUAUAUGGAUAUUCCCCGGAUCUAAAGUUAUAACCAGCAGACAAGAUAAAGCACUUCUUGUUUCCAUUCCCAUACCGAAAUAAGACAAAAUACGUCAUGUUUCUCACUGUAAAUCUUAGGUCUAAAUAACAAUAACAUUCAGACUUAUAGGCCGCAAAGCCUGUGUUAAUUAAGCACUUUUAUAUCACUUUCAUCAUAAGACCUUAAUUCAUUCCUUCUAUCGCAGUUAUAAACAACGUAUCUAGAUUUAUACAAUUCCUUAGGUUCUUUUCAUCGAAGGAAUUCUAUUUGAUACCUUAAUCUUUAACACGAAUUGGAAAUAAGAGCACUUCGUGGAACUGGUUUUGUCUUUUCCACAAUUAGACUAACGUUCAGUCAUUGUUGGGAGUUUUUUCUUUUAUUAAAUCAUUGUUGAGAUGAGCUAAGUAUCUUUAAGGUUUGACGUAAGUUUAAUCAUUGGUAUCAAAUACGUUUAGCAAAUGCUGACUCGAAUGAGGUUAUUCUUCGUCAAAUUUCCUCUUGAAAUUUUGACUAAAGUAAAAUAGUCCUUUUUAUAGUUUAUAGUAUUUGUACUACAACGAUUUAUCUUGUACAUGAUGUAAUUUUGAGGUGUUAAAUGUUCCCUGUUCAUAGUUUUCUAUUGCUCAACCAAUUUUUUUUUAUUUUAAAUUUUAAAAACAGUAACAAAGCAAGUCUCUGAUAACAGUUGUGAAACGACGUGAAACAAAAAUAAUUUUCUUUUGAUUAUGACUGAGCAUCUUGUGCUGUUACACUCUUAUUUCAUCUUCGUUUUCUGCCCCGAAAGAUGAAAGGACAGUCAGCCAUUGCUGCUUUAUCAAGUAAGAACUCACGAAUUAACAAACUGAUAUGUAUAUAAACUGAAUUUACACUGGAGAUCUGUGGCAACUCCCGAACUCAGAUACAACCUAACAUAAACGACCAACUCAGAACACCAUAUAUUAACAGCGUUAUGGGACGUGUUUGUACUGCGUACGACCGUGCAGAAAGCUGUUUGCAGGGCGUACGCAUUUUUGUUGACAAAGCAAACACACAUUUAUGUUUAACCCCUGUAAAAGUUACGCUCCAACGACAGUUAAAAAGAACAAAAACGGGGUUCAACAAUUGCUCCUGGUCUUUCGAUAGACCGUGGCAUUCCUCUCCCAAGGUCGUUGUUAGUUGGUCUGGGAUCCUUAGGCAAAUCGUGGUAUUGUCCUUUUAAAAUGUAAUUGCUUUUUUUAAAUGUGGACUGAUCCUCAUGUUUGACAGUCUUUUAAGUAUGUAGUUAAUCUGCUGGAGAAUAUGCCUAGAGAUUAGCCUUCGGAAAGCCCUCACUGUCUGUUUCUUUUUAUGAUUAACCGACCAGGUCUAAAAUUUUACCAUUGAUAUAUGAACAAUAUCUUUUUUUGUUCAUUAAAGCAUCCGAGUAUAAUACGUUGUUUAUAAAGCAUUUGGUGGCGAAGAACGCCCGAACAAUAAAAAAAAACUGGGUUGCCGAAUGAACAAAAAAGCAAUGUGAAAUGAAGAGUCACUGGUAUUUGAUCUAUGACUCGGGAAGACUGGCUUUUCACAACUGACGGAACUAAACCGCUCAGGGCACUUUUCAACUUCCUUCCAUUUCCUAAUGUAGGAGAUACAGAGCUCACAUCUACUAAAGCUUGUCUGAGAGAGCUUUAGUAAGCUUACCUUCCAACGAGUUUUCUUUUCUUUGUCAAGCUAAAACGAAUCAGGCCCGUCGACACCUCGUCAGAUAUUCUACUGUUUGCUGAAGUAACUACUACCAGAUUCCAGUUGAACUGGUUCGUCCCUUCGGCUCUGAAACAAAAUGAAUUUCAGACGUCCAGAAGUUAGGAUAAAAAAAGUAAUAACGAAACGUGAAAUGGGAUGUCAUUCGAGUGAAGAGAGGAGCCAAACCAAUUCAAGGUUUGUUUUAUAAUCUUUGUUUUGUCUGAUGAAACGUAAGUAUUCUGACUCAAGAAUUCGUUACUGAUCUGCUAGAUUCCUUCAGAAUUAAAGGUACUGGACUAUUCUAGAAUACUAGCUCUUUUACUAAGAACCACCUAAGCCCAUAUGAGAGAGCCCCCGCCUUUAUCAGUGAUGCUCUUCGACAUAUAUUCAAAACCUACAUAAUCAGUACUGCCCCUAAGAGCUCCUUGUGUGCAGACGUUAAGAGAGACUGAGCCUAUUUUAGUCGAAUAUACGAGUCAGCAAUUCUUUCAAUGCAAAAGGCCUCUGCUUUUGCAUAUCUUCUUUGGUUUAUCUUAGCGCUCCAAGAGCUACUAAAGCAAGCAUUAUUUUAUCUACAUUUUCUCUACAUAUUCUGUUUUCUUAAAAGAAAUAUAAUACACCUUUGCCCUUAUAUCCUUGUUCUAAAAGUUUUACGUUCUUUUCACAGCUUUUGUCUAGACACUUAACGAAUGAUAUUGGAAGGGCCUGCAGCCCAGAGCGAAGUUUCCAUUUUAAGAAUUCUAUGAACCAAAAUAGAAAAUUUGUUGACUGGUCUACCGUUGGGCCAGAGCAAGUGUUUGCACUGGACUGUGAUGCAAGGUUUGGAAAGGCACUGAAUUGUUGGGUAAGAGUGAGCCUCAUCCUAAACUCACUGGUGCUCGGAAAACCCUCGAAGGCGACAGGAAAACUGCUGUUUGGGAAUUUACAAAAUGGGGAUCCUAAUAUGCCCUACAAAAUGGCAGGAAUCCCUUCUCAUGCCCCAGGAAACGGGGGCACGCUAUGAUUUACCAAAUGGGGUACAUUGUAAUCUUUUGCACAGCCAAUGCAAGAGUGUAUUCCUCGUGAGUUGUUGUUCACUGUCACGGUUCAUAUUGUACUAGACCAUAAAUGCUGUACUUAAUUGUUCACCGUCUGUUCUGAUGCAUUCUUGGGAUGACCUUAAUGUCUGUUGUAGCAAAGCAUUCUCAAAAGACAGUUUUUGAAUGGACGAGAAAGAAAAAAUGAAAGCUAACUACUGCCAUCCUUUACAUGCCAGCAAAGGCAUCCAAGCCCUUUAACGUAACUACUACUUCAGGUGCAACUAUAUCAGUAGACGUAAUCGACAAUUCGAAGUGUUUCUCUAAGGCCUCUCCACUCCUAAGCCCCGCUCCAUUCCCCCUACUCCUCACAGAUUCAGAUCCAUGUCAUAGGUAGCUUCAGUAAACGAGUACAGCUGUAGAUAAACAAAAAAUAUGACGAAGCGCAAGAAUUUUCCUUCAAUUUGUUGGACUGUAGAUAAUGUAUAGGGAAUUUUUUUUAUUAGUGUCGUACGUGUAAACCUUCCAUGAUUUCUGAAGACAUCAUAGAAUUAUGUGGUGGCGACAGAUGGCGAGCAAUAUAAAAUACAAGUUUCGAUUUCUUCCCUAUAUAUAUAAAUAUAUUUCCUUGGGUAAGAAAAAAACUGAACUUUAGCAAUGCUGUGUAUUGCAACUCGCCCAAACCUCUUGUCAUACUCGUUUUUUGUCAAUCAUACUCCUGAGUGAGGAAUUGCCUUCGAUCCUCGAUCUUCUUCAUCUUAUUCCUGAGUGAGAAAUUGCCUCCCGCACUCACUUGUAUCUAUCUCAUAACCUACUUUACCUCUCUGUUUUCCUAAGCACAUCGUUCAUGGUGGGUCUCGGCAAUGAUUCAAUGAAAUGCACUGCACUCGUGGAAUAUAUCUUUUCCCCUACUUAUACUGGCUGUCCCAUAUUCAGUGUUACUCUUACCCUCGACCCUAAUCCUUCUAACAUAGGAAGCUCCGACGAAGGAUAUUUGUAGAUCAGAUUUGGUCAUAUCUUAGACCUAGACCGAAGCAGAGGAAACGACUUCAUGACCCACAAAGGGAUCUUCUUCAUUCUUCGGUUCACAGGAGGCUUCCUAUGACUUUUUUAGCUGUAGGCUAGUCACUGUAGCUCUGCUACCGGCAAUUCCCUCCUCCCCCAGAUGAAUUAAAGGCAGGUUCCUACGUCCUUUUAGCCAUAGGCAGGCCCUAUUGUCCUUCAUCACGAGUGGUUCCUGUAGUCCUCGCUGAUCUCGGUGUCCUUACGAGUUAAACCGAGCGUUUAACAGCAUCCUCUUGUCGCUUUGGCAACCAAGCCAUCCGCUUUUGUUUGUUCAUGCGCCAACGUGUGUUUGUUACGCCAUUGCAAUCGGAGCGACUAAAGAGAAGGUCUAGGAAUGGAUGGGAUUUCUUUUGUUGUGUCAUUACGUUGAUGCUCUUCUUUCCCGGGCGAUGGUUUAUCGGCAGGUAAACAAGUUGAGUUUGUGAAACAGAGGGUUUUUCGUUAUUUUGUUUUUGGAUGGUUUUUAGGUGAAUAACUCACUUAAAGAUGAGCAGCUACGAAGCAGUUUGCCGGCACGCGGAGCAAACACAAGGCUUCCUCCAUAGGGUACUGUGUUUUCCGGACGUUGUGCAAUUUGUUGGCCAACAGAACUGAGAACAUUUUUCCGAAGUAGCGUGGCUGUUCUCAUAACCCGCCCACUUCCUUUUUAGAAAUGAGCUUGUAAGUUUUUAUACUGACAAGGCAACCAAGGUAUAGACUGUAUAGAGAAUAAGCAAUGAACCAUUUUAUACGGGAAAACAUAGUCUGUAACAAAUACCUCUCGUUUGUGCUGGCGAGAGAGAGAGAGAGAGAGAGAGAGAGAGAGAGAGAGAGAGAGAGAGAGAGAGAGAGAGAAUGGGUGGUGGCCCUGACGAACAGUCAGUGAGUCAGUCAGUCAGUAAAUCAAUCAGUCACCGCUGGAAGACAAGAGGAGACUUUCUGUCUACACAGAUGACAGGGAAGGUUCCUCUCCUAAAGCAUCUCUCCAGGUUUUGCCCUUUCCAACUUGCUGUGUGUAUCCUAAACUUAUCAUUUAUAAGUUGCUCAUCAAAGUUAGAAGUUGAAGACUCGAGUUGUUUGGUGGUCCACCAAUAUCUGGUCAUUUCACACUUCCAGGAAGUCGGAAGAUGUACUUCUCCUGAGGCUUACUUUUUCGACCUUCGAUGAGUUUAUCAUUUUUUCUUCUUUCAUGAUAGUUUAAGAAUUAGGGCGACUGGAACGGCGUGUUAACUGGGGGUUAAAGUGCUUUGAACGACGAAUCUGCGUCAAGUGAGCAAGAACUUGCUCUUGUGGUAUUUGCGCGGUAGAAAAUAUAACUUCGAAUUGAUUUUGGUGGAAACAUAGGAGUUUUAGGGGAUGACGCUAACGUACAGGUGUGUCUUUUUGGCGCAUAUCAUCGAUAUAUGUAAUCUGGCUUUAAGACUGUAAUAAGAAUUACUGUUCUUUGUUGAGUUCUGGAAAGAUUAUAAGGUGAAAGCGAGUGCAGAAUUUUGUAUGGAAGGAUGGAAUGUGUGACUUUUAGAAAAAAAAAAAAAAAGGAAAGUUUUUGUUCCCAGAGAAAUUUAUAUAUCACGAAUUGUUAAAUCUGUCAACUACACCUCUGAAGUGUUUUAGCUUUCUGUAAAAUAAUGUUUUUGUCAAGGUUUUAUAAAUUCUUUUAAUGUAAGAAUUACAGAUAGUAUAAGUUUUUUUGUAAAUUAUACAUAUACAUAUAUAUAAAUAAUUUCCAGUGUUCGAGCUUUUGUAUUUUAUAGGUUUAAGCGUUCGGACUGGACAUCAUAAAGGUGAUUUUAGCAUCAAUCGAGUGACGAGAGACUUAACAAAAAAUGAAGAGUGGUCUGCCUGAGCCUAAAACGCUGUCUAACUUCUGUGAACGGGUUUUUAUUCUUCUUUGUGAAUGUAAAUUGAUCAUUAUAUCUUACCCAGUGCCUAUUUCGUGAAUGAUUAUGCAUGUGUAUAUUUCUUAUUAUUAGUUCUUGUCUAUAGGAUACCUAUCAAACGGUGCCAUAUUGUGACCCCCAACCCACCUGGAAAACCUUAGACGAGUUUGAUAAACAGAAAGGAAUAGAGAGGAUAAACGCAGAUGAAUACCUUCCAUUUUUUUUUCUUGUGUAAAUAACAGACACGAAACUUUUAAGUGAAUUAAUUUCAGGCAAGAGGUCACAAGACAGGCUCUAGAACAGAGAUUAAUUCAAGUGCAUAUUGCUCAAGGAUCCUUUUCUAUGAGGUGUAUCCUUGCAAAGGACUUUUCUGCUUCUGUGGACGUUGUGUAGUAAUGUUUCUCACAGGUUUUGCUGGUUGGGUAGCCAUCCAGUGAUGCAACGAGGAGGGAAGACAAGACAAGAAGUGUGUUUCCGUUAUUUAUAUAUUUUUGUUAAUUCAGAUGUAUAUAAGAAUUUUUGUUCAUAAUUUCAUGUUAAAAUUCACCUUUGCAAAGGUGUUUGACAUAUGUGUUUUAAAAUGUCAACAAGGCAUUGGCGAGAAAUUGGACUGAGCAUCAGCGAGGUGAAUCUUUUAUCCGUGAUGGCUGUUGCUCAGGCACAGUAGACGCCGCCAUGAAAAUGACUGUCUUGAUAACCAAUUUCAAUGACAUUUCUUUAUUUUUUUUAUUUGGUCUUGGUUAAUUGUUGUCAUGGCAACUGCUGUCAUUUGUUACGUCUUCUAGUUGUCAGGUACAAUUCUGUUGAACAAUGAACAAACUACGCCAUUCUGUUGGCAUAAAUCAUGCCGUUCAAUCUUGUCAGAGUAUAAUUUAGUCUUUAUAUCAAAGUUCAUAACAAAGUCAUAUCGUUUAUCAUUCCUCGUAGAGUUGACGAAUACUUCGGACGCAGUUUCGUCGUGCGUUUACAAUCGUUCGUCUAAAUACAUCUGUCUAGAGUUACCGUAGGUGAUGAGAGAUUCGUAGGAAACCUGACAUACUGUUUCGUUAUGAAGGUAGCAGUUGGUCUGAGCGUGUUUAGCAGCAACAACCAGGCCCCGCUCACAUUUUGUAAGAUACCUGGUCCCUGGGUCCAUCUAAAUAAACACUUGUUCUUACAAAGUCCGGAUUU